GAGUGGAAGAAGCACAGCUGGUACCGCAGGAGUACCACCUUCGGGGGCAAAGUGGUCAUGAAGACGUUGGGCGCUGGCUGCAAGCCCCAGUUCUGGGCGCAGAUCACGCCGAAGGUCGCGGCGAAGUACGACUACAUCUGGAUGCUGGACGAGGACAUCCGCCUGGACUUCCUGAACUGGGACUUCUACCGCACGGUGCUCUCGACAAUCGACCCGCUUGUCUCCCAGCCG